UUGCUCAAGCUUACAGAAUGCUUCAAGAAAUAGCGUGUGAUGAAGAAUUCGACUUAAAAGCCAUACUACCCCCGAGCUGUUUUGUCAAAGGAGGGCGUAUUUUGUGUUCACAGAUGCAAGAGGCACUCAGGCGCAUGCAUAUUCACCUGACACCUGAGAACUUUCGACGUCUUUGGCAAGAUAAGCUUGAUUUAGAGAAAGUCGGUUCAAUAUCAACCAGACAACUUCUUCGGAUUAUGAGUUUAAAUGAUGAUGGAUUACCUUUGGAUACAAAGACCAAAUUAACACCUUUUGAGGCAGCUGAAAUUCCCGUGCUAGUGAAACGUCCAGUAGUACCUAAACUAGUGCCAACAAUUGAAUGUCCACGCUUUAAAAUGCUAGACAGAAAGGAUAUUGGUUAUCAGGAAAGCGAUUUACCACUCAUUGCGAAAGAUCCCAAAAGUGGAGGAAUAUCUUUCCCAAAAACUUUUGUACCAACUUGGGAGGCCAAAGGACCAGGUGGGACACAUGAUCCAAUAUAUGGUUGUGGUGACCGACAUCUCAACAAUCUUCAGUCACUUGAAGGGCAACCUGUUUACUUUGAUAACGUUAUUGAUUCAUUAAAAUACAAGUUUGAACUCCCGUACCAAGCGAUGAUGGUUUCGUUUGAGCAUUUAGAUAAAAAUGGAAGCAACCGUGUUACGGAAGAUGAAUGUUACUGCGUUUUGAGGGAAUAUGGACUACCGUUUGAAAAGAAGGAUUUGUCGGCAUUUUUGAAGAAAAUAUUAGCUCCAUCAGAAAUAUAUCGACCUAACGGAGGGCUUGGUGGUGAUCGACCACCACAAACACAACCUCCAGGCACGGAUCCAGUAAAUAUAAGACCUGGAUUGGUGCCAUACAAAAGGCUUCUGGCAUAUUACCAAGACUGUAAACCUGGGAGUGUUGCUCAUAAAAUAAUUGAAAGAAUAAUAUCCAGGCCAACAUCGGAACAAGACUGCGCUAAACUGGUUACUACAACAACGCCUAAAGAAGCUGAAGAGGGAAUGGUCAAAUUACUACAUGCGCCUUACAUUAAAUUCUUGCGAAAAGUCAGAAAUUAUACUGAUGGUGAUGGCGGGAUUCCUGAAGAUACAUUACGCGCUAUUAUGUCUCAUACAAUUAAUAGAGAAGUAACAAAUGAACAGUGGACGAAAAUGAAGAAUUAUUUUCAUUAUCUGAAACCUGGAAUUAUCGACUCAAAGCAAAUCUGUGUAUUAUUUGGUGGUAUAAGCAAUAUAGCAGCACAGCGUGCAAACAGUGAUUUUGAUAUUGAGAAAUUUCGUUGCCGAAUAACUGAUGACAGUUAUAAAGGUGAAGUACGAGAUGAAGCCACACUGCUUAGAUUGGUAGAAAAAGUAUUGAGAAAACGGUUACACCAUAUAGACAAGAGUUAUAAGUACUUUGAUCAGGCUGAGAUAAAUAUGCUUACAAAAGAAGAUUUUGAUGAGCUUCUAACCGGUCAAGGUCUGAAGUUAUUGCCAAGAGAGCUUGACUUUUUAUGGGGACUACUGGACAAACUGGAACCUGGUCGCAAAUUACACAAUUACCGACAAGUGAUGAGCUUUUUCUAUAACAGAACAAGACCACUGGUCACAGAAUACCUACGUCAAAAACGUUAUGAAGCCAUUCGCAAUAUACGCGAUCCAAAUCUAAAUGAAUUCAAACAUUGGUGCAGAAGAACGAAAAAGUGUCGACGAGAACUUGAAAGGAAUAUGAAGAAAACAUCGUAUCUGAUGGGAACAUUUCCACCUAAGCCGCCAUUAGAAGAAAAGAAAAAGGCCGAAGAAACCUUCAAAUUAUGUGAAAGGGCAUCUGGUGUUGUACUGGAUAAAUGGGAAGAUCUCAAACGUGCUUUUAUAGAUGCUGAUCCAGGUGGAUCUAGAAAUGUAACCUGGGAUCAGUUUCAGGAAAUACUACAUUCAUUCAAAGUGCCUUUGGGUUACAAAGAAAUUUAUGACUUAGGAAGAGGAUUUCAACCACGUGAAAAAGGAUAUGUGAACUAUAUAAGAUUUUUGGAGUUUGUUUCUGAAAAGUUCUCAAGAAAAGAACCCCCACCAGAUCACUAUGCUGAUUAUCCGCAUAAAUUCACUAAUCUAAGAACAGGAGAAAUUCUGACUCUAAGCGACACAUUGCGAUUUAUUCGUGAUAUUUGCUUUAAAAAAUACAGAACAUUACGUGAAGCAUUUAGAAAGUUAGAUGUUAGCAAAGAAGGAAAAAUAUCUGUGCAAAAGCUGAAUGACCUUUUGAAAGAAAAUGGCUUAGUUUUAUCGGAAAAUGAUGAAUACCAUUUGAUGGCUGCAUGCGAUAAAAACAUGGAUGGUUUGAUUGACGUAAAAGAGUUCCUACAACUUACACCAAAAAUAUAG